GUGCAUGCUGCUGCCGUUUGGAGGCGUGUUGCACCGGUAAUGAGGAGCUGCAGUGUUUAACGCUUCAUUAACAGACACUUUACCAACCUGUCAACCCACCGGAGCCACCGGUCUGUGCCCCGGUCUCCGACUGAGAAGAUGUCGCAGUGAAGCAGUAACAGCAGCUGACACAGCUGAUAGUGUUUCCUAUGCAAAGGAUUCGGCUGGGAGUGUUUCUGGAUGCAACAGUUGGAUAUCAACAUGGACAGCAUUGAUGAAUACAUCUGGGAGCGGCGCAUCCACCAUGGGGUCAGACGCCAGAAAAGCUCAGUCCCGUUCCCAGAGUCGGUUAAAAUCGGGUUGGAGUUCAACGCGGCGGUGGCGAGGAAGGAAAAGUUAGAUUGGUGUUUUCUGACGAACGCUGUGAUGCUGGAGCUUUGGGAUUUCGCCAAAACGGUGACGAAGUCGGAGAUGUAUUUCUUGUUCGAAAUGCUGGAGUUCAACUUUGAACUCGGCUUGGACAUGGACAGCGACAGACAGUGCUACGAAUACACAGCACGUGUUCACAACAAAAUAAAGCUGCUGAAGGAACAAAUCAAGAUGAAACCUCACAGGUGGAAAGAAACAUUUCCACUACCAGACCUAAACGUUAUAAUGACCGGGUCAGGGAAGGCAGAACGCUACUACCCGAAAAGGAACAAAACCGUGGAUAUUUCCGUCCUCACUGACGGCAGCAAGAACAGCAAGUCUUCAGAAGAUAAGAAGACGGAGAGUAACGGAGCCGCGAGCAGUGAGCUCGAUGUAAAGAAACAAAGAGGAGUUCGACCAACAACUGAUGCCUACCCUUUCUGUAAAGAACUUGGUGUGAGUCUGACCGUUCGACCAGAUGACGCACCCAGACAGAAACUAGACCCAAACCUGGUGACCAAUGGUGUGAUGAUGGAGCUGUUUCACUUUUCCAAAGGGCUUUGUGGAACACAGACUGGGAUCAUUCACGACUUGGUCACGGCGAACUUCGGUCAGGAGUUGGAUAAAACAAUAUUCCGUACGCAAUUAACCAGGCUGAUGGAGCGAAAAUAUUCCUGCCCGACAGCGGAGGACAGGGAGGCUUUCCGAAAGGAGGCUUUCAAAGUCGAGACCAAGAAACGGCAAUACAAUGCUAAAAAGAGAAAAAGACUUGAAGUAGAUCUCCAAGAACUGGAAAGCCUCACAGUGUCCGGUAAGAGAAGUAGAUCGCAGAGGAUCAGGUACGAUGAGGCAGAAGAAACUUGGCAGGAUGGGGACCUGUCGUACAUGUGUCCGGUUGAUUUUGAGACAGAAAUGAAGACCGGGACGGAGGCUGGACCAGAACAAAUGAAGCUCGAAAGUUGUUUGACAAAGUCGUCAGUUUCUGUGGAUGUAAAGCAGGAAGAGGAGGAAGUUUUUGUCUCUCCGGUGCAGCCGCAGACUAAUGUCCACCUUCGUCCAAAGACUGUAAAUGUGGUCUCAAAUCUGUUCUCUGAAGAUAAAAAUGAGGACACGAAUGUAAAAACACUGAAACAGAAGUUGUGGACGAGACGUGCCGCUCGCUCAAAACAAAUCCUGAAGUCUAUCAGAGUUCGCGACAUGUUUGCCCGCUGCAGAGAGAUCGGUGUAGACUUUAAUGUCGGUUCAGGCCACAAACAGAACCUAGACGUACGACUUAUCACCAACUCCGUGUUGUUGGAGGUUUAUAAGUUUGCGAUGGCGAUGUCAAGGAGUUUACACAGUUUCUUAUAUGACGUUCUGAACAGCAACUUCAACCUCGUCCUCCAGGAUGAUUUGCAUCGGCGCAAUUUUAUAUAUUACAUCAUAACGAAAGAAAAGGUUCUUCAGAACCACCCUAGGCGGAACAAGGAGUUUCUGAGCAGUCCCUUUCAGUUCCCUGAAGUUUACAACAUGGUUGACGUGACCAGCGACUUCCAAACCGGCCAAGAAGUCGAGACGGAGCAGCUCUGUGAUUCACAAGCUACAAGCAAGCAGGUGGAUACAGAGCCACACCCGUUCUGUAAAAAGUUGGGUGUCAACCUUUGGUCGACAGAACAACGUCCGACGAGCCAGAAGCUUGAUCUGACCGAACUGACAUCAGGCGCCAUGCUAGAAAUAUUCUGCUUCGUCAGGGAGCUGUGCGGAGCGGCUUGCGAGACAGUUAACGACAUCCUUGAGCACAAUUUCAAUCUUGAUCUUCAGAGCGGUGAGACCGAGGCCGCCCGGGUGAUCCAGAGAUGGUUGGUGACGCAGAAGAACUGGAGAAAGCAAACCACAUUAUCAAAGGUAAAUCGGUGGUUAAACAAGGUCGUCUCACUGAACGGUCACCAACAGCUCAGUCCGCAACCACCAACUGGCAACGGACCUCUGAAGCAUCUGGAUCCAGAAGACUUGAAGCUGGAAAGAGAAAUGGGGGAUUUUAGUAAAUAUUCUCAAGAGGUGAACAGCUAUCACAUCUGCAAAGAAAUAGGAUUGGACCUCGACGUCGGCUCCAAAUCAGAAUCCAAAAAAAAACUGGAUUUGCGAGUGCUGACGAGGGGAGUCCUCUUUGAGUUGCACCGGUACAUAGGACAAAACUGUAAGCGAUACGUUCCCGCUCUGUACGAGAUUCUGGAUUACAACUUCGACCUGAGCUCUCAGAGCCAUCGGAAGGUGGAGUUCGCCUGGUCCAUCGCAUCUCAGGUGAUAGCCAUGGUGGGAAAAAACGUCAGGAAGGGCGAUUAUCUAAACAAAGUGUUUGAGUUGCCCUUCGAGCUCUGCGAGUCCUCACAGAUCAUCUGCAAAGAGGAGCCCCAGGAAGGCUUCGGCGAGCUGGACAUUAACGAUAACUCGGACAUCACAUUUGUCCGAGAACUGAAGCCCGUGGACAUAGAAGUGGAGGUUGAAUAGAGUCGUAGCUCCUGUUUUCACUGUAGAAAAUCAGUGUUCAGAUUAAGUUUCAUUUUGUGAUGACCCCUGUGGACUAAAGUUUUGUUUAGUUGAUUUCAAGGGGAAUCUGACUGAAGGCAUCGAGAAUAACUACAUACAUAUAUCUUCUCUCUGAUGAUCUUUUGUUUUGUUUUGGUAAACUGUUACUUAUGGGAUGUUGCCAUAAUGUUAUGUUGAGAGAAAACUAUAGUUAUUUGCUAGAGAACAAAGUGAACCACGAAAGCUUGCCAAAGCUAAUGUGGAGUGUCCCGUAUAAAAAGCUGACAACCUACCUGUAAUGAGCCUCAUUGAAAGGGAAGCCAAUACGAGCCCUACCGGUAGAGGAUGUGUCAAUAGAAACUCCUGGAAUAUGUCCUGGAAAACGGUUUCUUAAGGAGAGAUCUGCUUGUUGUGUUGUGGUCCAUGUAUGUUUCACACAUAGAUGCACUUAUAAGUCACCAUAUCAUAUACCUCAUUAGACUCCAUCCAGAAGACAUAAAAGGUGUUACUAAACCCCUAAAUUCUACUAACCAUUGUUAGCAGGAGUAUAGCUGUCGGUAGUCAGAGCUAACAGAGCUAACGUAGCUAACCAGCCACGAGCAGCUGCUGUCUGACUCUGUGUGUCCGUACUGGAAACAGUCUGCUGGAGCUUUUUACAGCUUCUAGAAGUCAAUUUACAACCAUAUCAUUAUCUUCUUCUAACAUUAGGUAAGUUCAGGGUCAGACAGUCGGAUGGAGUUUCGUGUGCUGCCUGUGUGCAGAUCAGCCAAUAGCACAGUUUGUACAAUUUGAUUAUUUGGACCUGAAUCAAUCAGCACUAGUUAAUACCCACACACACAGGUCUUCAUCUUUAUCUUAUUAACCUGUAGUGAGGGAGGUUUGUUUGUACCACCACCUUCAGACGUGGACCAAAAGCAGCUCAGCAGAAGUUUAUGUGACGAGGUUAAAGGUCAGCGUGUCCUCGUUUUGUUGAUGUUCAUAUUAUGUAAAGAGAUGGAAGCUCCUGUCACAAUAGGCAGAUGAAUGUAUAUUUUCAGUGCAAACAUUCAUGUGGAUGAAAACACUGUUCUUCUUGUUUAUAUUCUGUUCUGUUGUCAGAACUUUUCUUUCUACUGGAAAUGAAAACUGUCUUUAAUGUUGUUUCAGGUGUUUUUUCCUUAUUUCAGCUAUAUUUACGUUAUUUAACACUUAUAAAACAUGAUGAAUGGAGUCCUUAAUGUUUCAGGACUGAUCUACAAUCAGCAAAUUAUUAAUUAAAGCUACUCUGAGUAGUCACUCCCUAACUGCCUGCUUUUACAGGAAACACAUCUGGUUUCUGAUUCUUGGGAACGUCCAGACGUCCAGUUACUGAGGAGGACUAAUGGGAUGGAGACAUUAUUAAGUGAGGAACCUGGAAGCUCCAUAAACUGCAGCUUUAACUUUAAUGAACAGAGGCUGCAGGGAGCAUUCAUAAUAACAAUUACACACUUUUUCCCUGUUCAGUAUAAUUGAUUACAUAACUAAUGCUGUACAUUUAAAGUAAGUUAAUGAAGUCAAUUUGCAUUUAAAUGAUUCAAUUCAAAUAGUGAAAAUAAUUAAAUGAGACUAAUUAACUCGA